AUGGACAUCGAUUCGAGAUCUUCAAGCGAAAGCAUUGCGUGGGCUCUAAUAGUUCCACACACAAUACUCAGUGUUAUUGCCACCGUCUCGGUAGGCGCCAAACUGCAUUUUGGCCGCGCCAGCGGAGCCCGUUUUAGCCCUGCAGAUGGUGUUUGCCUUGCGGCGUUGUUCUCUAAUCAUGCGUUCCUCAUCACCGAAGGGGCUUCCGUUCACGUUGGUCUUGGAAAAGACGUAGCCACGGUUGGGGCUGACUAUUCUGGCGGCAUGCCUCCUGUGCUCAAAGGCAUCACCGCCAUGGGCAUCGUAUACGGCAUAGCAUGUCCUCUCUCCAAACUUGCGGUCUUUGCUACGUAUUUUCGACUCUGCUCAAGUUGCAAAGCACUUCGGAUUUGUGUGUGGAUUCUAUCAUCCAUGGUAUUAGCAUGGGGAAUUGCCAUGUUUCUUGGCACAUUAUUCAAAUGCACGCCUGUCCAGGGGUUCUGGGACAAAACUGUCCCAAGCAUUUGCUACUUACGCACCGAAGUUAGCAUCGCUAUCCCAAACAUCUUCAUUAACGCGAUGGCUACUGUGCUACUUCUGGUGGGAGCUGUCUGCCAUUUGGAGUUUGGAAGAGAAAGAAAUUUGGCCAUGGCGACAGUCUUGUUGUUUGGCACUUGCAUUGUGGCCGCUUCCAUCGUUCGCCCUAUCCUUUUCCAUGUCUACCGCCUGGGAUUCGGUGCCAGCAAUGGCGGCAAUGCCACCAACAUCAGCCGAGUCAUCGUCUACCCAUACAUCGGGUCAUCCAUUGAGACAUGCCUAGCCAUCAUCGCCACGAGUCUCCCUACCUGCGCGCAACUCUUGAAACGACAUAUUUGCAGCAAUUCUGAAGACUUUUCGGGUUCCAAGAGCACCGAUUGUACCAGCCAAAGAUCCGGAUACUCUAGGAAGGCACACAGCGUCAAGCCUUCUACCUAUUCAAACAGCACUCGCAUCACCAUAGGCAAUACUUUGAAGACCCGAAAUACAGGCGGUGUCCUAGCAGCUUGCGUGAAGCACAAGCGCCCCAGGGAGCUUGGCAGCGAUGACGACAUCGAGGACGUGCUGUACUCUGAUAGCCGAGAUGUGAGCAACAUAGAGGGCAUACAGGUCCAGCGAGAAUUUCACAUACAAGUGGACCGUGAGUCGAGGGUAACGACUGGAGAUAUCAAGAAUUGGGUGGUCGGUGAUAUCGCUCUGAAGGAAUUGCCAAGUCCAACAAGGAAGAUGAACAAUUAA